UGUUUGGCUUGUUGUGACAAUUGACUAAUUUUGUACGGCAUAAAACAGACCUUAAUACUCGACGAUCGUAUCGAAAAUCGCAAACGCAUGAAUUUCGCAUGCAAAUUAUAUCAUGCAAUUUAAACUUAUUUUGAACAGUGUGGUGCGAUUUGGUUCAUAAACCUUUCAAAGAAUCAAACUAGCCAACGCUGCAGAAAUACUUUAAAGAAGCAACACAUUGGCUGACAAAAAGAAAUUUGAAAUGUUUACAACGAGAAAGUAUACAAAAAUGUUUUAUCGCAUUUAAAAUUAAUGUUCACAUUUGGCAGUGUUUCGAUAAUUAGCAAAACAAAAAAGUUUGUGUUGAUAUAUUUAUUUAAUAAAAUAUGUAAACAAUGACAGAUAUAAAGUGAGUCAAUGUGGUAUGCAAGUGACCUUAUGUACAACGUUGUACUAAGCAAUUGUUUUAUCUGUACGUACUGGCGGAAUAUUAAGUCUUUGAAGCGAACGCAUACAUUUUUUUAUUCAUACAUUGCAAUUUUAGUACGUUGAAAACUAGAAAAAAAAUACGUUGUGCCAUACUGUUAUCUCUCUUAUAUCUAAGACGAAUGCACCAAAUUAGAAAGUACAUGUUGACACGUCUUAUUUCCCAGUUUGGAUUGUUUAUUGCAAAAAACAGAUUCAUACGAAAUUUACAAUUUUUGUAUAUAUUGUUUUUUUGUUCAACCAUGAUAUGAAUGAUAGCAAGAUCUAGAUGAAAUCAUUUUUAAUAGAGAAACAUUAUAUUUCUUACACAAACCUAUAUAUGAUAAGCAUUAAAAUAAAACAGAUUUCGAAUGCCUUUCAAUUAAAACCUUACCCACAUGCUCGUCAUCUUCUGUGAAAGGAGAUUGUAUAAUACAUGCAUUAAUAUACGAAAACUAUACAUGUUGUGGUCUCACGAGUGCCCAAAUUGCGCGCCAAAUAUCAAGCGGUUCUAUGGUGUAAUGGUUAGCACUCUGGACUUUGAAUCCAGCGAUCUGAGAAAUCCAGCAAUCCGAGUUCGAUUCUCGGUAGGACCUAAAAUUUCUUUUCAUUUCAAUUUUUAUUUUGAAUAUACCCGAGUGGAAAAAAGUGAAUAAGUUACUAUUGACUGUAAGUGACUAUAGGUAGCUAUAUUCAUGAAUUUUAAAAUUUUGUAUGGAAAGCAAUCGACUAUAGUUACUCAGUCAGUCAGGCGAUUAUUUAGGGACGUUUUGACACAAAUCGAUAAAAAUGACCGUCUUCAGCAGGUCACGGUACUUGGUUGUACACAAAUCGUUGAAAAAUGACCGUCUCAAGCAGGUCACGGUCCUAGAUUGUACGCAAAUCGAUAAAAAUGACCUUCUCAAGCAGUUCACGGUACUAGAUUGUACACAAAUCGAUAAAAAUGACCGUCUCAAGUAGUUCACGGUACUAGAUUGUACAUAAAUCGAUAAAAAUGACCGUCUCAAGCAGGUCACGGUACUUGGUUGUACACAAAUCGAUAAAAAUGACGUCUCAAGCAGUUCUCGGUACUUGGUUGUACACAAAUCGAUAAAGAAUGACCGUUUCAAGGUUCGAAUCAUUUCACCGCUUGUUCCGUCGUCAUAGCCGUGUUUUGUGUCUAUGUAUGGUGUAUUUCGUAUCGGGUAGCACUCGAUUCUUGCAAUCAAACGGGAGAAAAAAAUAAAAAAAACAUAAAAAGCCCAUAGACACAUUCUUAAAUCUCGGUAGAACCUGUAUCUUUUUUUUACUUUCAUUUUGGCAGAUGCGAAAGAAGAAAGUUAUAAAUAAAAGGCAACAUACUGGUGCUGUGUUUAUUUAUAGUUUAUGAUUUUGUGGUUAUAUGAACGAACGCGUCACUUCCAGAUUUACAGUAUUGCGUCACAGUGGGAACUUCGAAAGAAGUGUUUUGUACUUGUUUAAUAAAAUAUGUUAACAUUGACAGAUAAAAUGUGAGUCAAUGUAGUAUGCAAGUGACCUUAUGUACAAUGUUGUACUGGCGGAAGUUUAUAUAUAGAUUAAGUCAUUGAAUCGAACGCAUGAAAAUUGUUAUUCAUAUUGCAGCGUUUUAGUACGCUGGCAGAGACGAAAGCAGAAAGUUGUAAAUAAAAGGCAAAACAUGAAGUUGUUACUAUUGGUGCUGUGUGUAUUUAUAGUUUAUGAAGUUGAAUCAUCACCUCUAACUCGAAUUAAGCAAAAUCCAAAAUGUGCUCUUGGUCAAGUGUACUGGUGCCAAAGCAGAGUGAUAGCAAAAUCGUGUAAUGCCGUUAAGCAUUGUUUCCAAACGAUUUGGAGUAAACAACUAAAAUCCGAUAACAAGAAACAAUGUGAGAGUUGUUUGGAAUUAGCACGAGUGAUAGGCGAGUCCAAUGUUGCUGACGCUAACACAGAAAGUGAGUUUAAGAGUUUGCUGAAGGAUUCUUGUAAAGAAAUUCGAAAAUACCGAUCAAAGUGUUUGGCUUUGGUUGACAAAUAUUCGAAUGAUCUUUUCAACGAUGUUGUUGACGGUUUGGAUCUUGAUGAAAUCUGUAGAAAACUUUAUAUUUGCCCAAAUGACCAAUGGCCCCAUGACGAUGGCUCAAACGAAAUUUCUGCAUCGCCAUACGAGUGCUUUGAGUGUCAACAUUUGCUAAAAGGAAUUGAAUCCAAAGUAGGAAAUAAUCGAUCCAAGGAACACAUCGAAAUUGUUCUACAACAAUCCUGUUCAUCAAUUUCGAAUGCGGAUUUGAAAAAGAAAUGUUUUGAUUUUGUUACCACACACAAAGAUUAUAUCGUUAACUCGCUCAUGAUACAAAUGCCACCAAAACAAAUGUGCCAUGGACUUGGUUUUUGUGCCACGCAACCCAUCAAAAUUGAUGCCAUAAAACAAGAAAAUGUGGAAUAUUCUGAUACACCACAAUGUGUUGUGUGCCAACUAAUCGCUGUGCAUCUCGAUGAUUUGCUCAAAGAAAACAGCACAAUUGAUAAAAUCGAUGAUGCUGUUCACGCUGUUUGCGAUAAAAUACCAACGAAAUUUUUUAACGAUUGUGAGGACACUGUUGAGAAUUAUGCUGAGAUUAUGAUUAGUUUUCUUUUGUCAGCAACGCCAAAGCAAUUGUGUACGGAAUUGGAAUUUUGCAGCAGUAAAAUGAGAAAAGAGCAGAGCCAACGAAAUAUCGACGAAUGUCGUGAAAGCAACGACUUCGACAAAAUAAAUUUGGAAGAUUGAAAUUUCAAAAUUCAAAUGCAGAUAGUACAUUCUGUUCAGAUAGUUCGAGUUUUUUUUUUCAAUUAUAGCUCAUAUACUGUUUCGAAACGAUGUGUGAAUAAAUUUUAAUCCGAAUUAUAAAAAAUUCUUUAUUUUUGCAACAAAUAUUCGGAUUUCGUAAAUGAUAUUAUAUAAACAAAUGUUUUAUAUCGCAAAAUAAAUGUCAAAAAUGGAUUCCCAGACCCCAAACACCCCCGCAUAGACAUUUGGCUAGAGAAAAAAUAAUGUUUUUUUGAAUGCAAUAUCUAAGUCGAUUUUUAAAUAUUUUGGAAAAUAUCUAUCUAGAAAAAUUUGGAGGCUCGAAAUUCAUUUUAGACAUAUGGCAAAAAUUCUUAAAUUGAUCCAAAGAACACCGUGAGGGGGUACGCUACAUCGACGUUUUCGGCUCCCUAGAAAUUGAUCCAACCCUAUGUGUAGAGAUCAGGAGGAUUUUUUUUUGUUUUAAUUCAUUUUUUAAAGUUGAAUUUUAAUGAACUGUAGCACACUGUACAACGUGAAAGCAUGAAUUUCGUGAAAUAAGAUUUAACGCGCAUUUAAGUAUUUUAUGGCGCAACUAUGCCAUAAAAUUUACGAGUUUAAUAAACGUUUUAUUGUUGUUUAUGCCUAAA